AUAUGUAUGUAGUGGUGAAAUCAUGAAUACGUGUGUAGUUUAGGGAGUCCAUCGCCAGUUAUAUAUCAGUAUAUUGAGAGAUAUUUGCGAGCACGAACAACUCCUUAACAAUUUUGAGAAUUUGUACAACAAAGUUUGCAGACUGUGUUUGCAAAUAUCCAAUAAAAUGUUAUCAGUAUUUGAAGAUGCCAAUAUAAUUACUGCUAUAACAUCUUGUACUAACAUCCAGAUCUCGAGCGAUGAUGGAUAUCCUGGUAAUAUAUGUCACCUUUGUAUUCAACGCUUGAAUGAUGCUUACUCCUUCAAACAACAAUGUGAGACAUCAGAUUUAAUUUUGAAAGAUAAAAUAUUUAUCAGUAAAAUUGAUGAACAAUUUGAAGUUAUUUAUGAAACUGAAGAUAAUCUUGAAUGUUACACUCAAUUGGAGUAUAUUAAUGCUGAUGAUAAAAGCAAUACUGCAAUAAAGAAUGAAUCAGAUGUGAAAGUUGAAUAUGAGACCGAUUAUGAAGAUGAUUGUGUACAGGAUGACUUUGUGCGAAACUGCGCACUUUGUGAACAGACUUUUUCGUCUAUUAAUAGUUAUGAAAAUCAUAGCUGUUUUUCUGAAUACUCAAAAUGUAAAACUGAGGAUGAAACCACUCUUGCCGGCCAGGAAAAUUCUGCAGAUCAAGAUAUAAAAAGUUGUGAUUCUCUUAAAAGAGUAAAAUGUGAUAUAUGUUUUAAAACAUUUGCUACAAAUGGAAAUUUAAAUAAGCAUAUGAAAAUUCAUUGUAAUAUCAGACCAUACAAGUGCCCCAAAUGCAAUAAAUCUUUUAUACAAUCAAACACAUUAAAGUAUCACAUGGAUAUCCAUCUUCCACCCAACUCUACACCUCACGCAUGUGACCAAUGUGAUUUUUCAACUCGAAGAUUAGCUGCCUUGGAAAAGCACAUAGCUUUAACUCACAAAGAAGUUAUUCCUCAACGUUAUCUCAAAGAGUGUAUACCAGUCUCAUGUACAAUUUGCAACAAAGUUCUUGGUUCUGAAAAAUCAUUAGUUCAUCAUAUGAAAAUUCAUCAAAAUAUCAGAGAAUAUAUAUGUAAAUACUGUGGAAAAGAUUUUGUAUACAAAUGUGGUUUAGAAUCACAUGAACGAAUACACAGAAGUGAAAAGCCUUUCACAUGUAAAUAUUGUAAUAAAUCAUUCAAACAAAAAAUGGGGCUACAUGUACAUAAGCGCUUACACACAGGGGAAAAGCCUUAUCAAUGUCAGAUAUGCAGCAAAACAUUCAACCAAGUUGCACAUUUGCAUUCUCAUUUAUUGACUCACACGGGAGAGAAAAAGUUUGAAUGUAAUGUUUGCCACAAAAGAUUUGCUUUGAGCGAAGGUUUGAGAUAUCAUAAAAUGAUACAUACAGGAGAAUUACCGCACUGUUGUUCAAUAUGCAAUCGGGGCUUCAAAAUAGCUUAUAAAUUAAAACUUCAUAUGCGAAGAUGUCAUCAAACUCAAAAUAUAUCAUAAAAGGAAAA